AUGCCCAACUCGCCUCCUCGCACGCUCGACGACGUCGCCAGCAGCCUCGCCGUCGGCGACCGCUUGCCAGCAUGGGACGGUGGCUUCUGCAUGUUCCGCGUCGUCGAGGCCCAAACUUGGCCAUGGACACGCGGCAGGGUCGGCAUGAAGACGUCGUUCGACGGCAAUUACGAGCGUCGGGCGUUCUGGUGCCGUCGCGACAACUGCGCGUACGAGCUGUCGGUCGACUGGAAGCUUCGAAACCCGCUUCCGCUCUACGCCAAGGUCGUGUCGUCAAAGUCGGCACACUCGCAGUGUACCGGGCAGAUCUUCGGGCAUGGGCGGCGCUUCUACAACUACGAGGAGUACCUCGCCGACGCCAAGAGAGCCGCGCUCAAGGAGCUCCGCAGGGCGCGCAACAUGUUCGGCUGCCUGGGCCAGGUGCCCGGCCCGCCGAACGUUGUCGCCAUGCGCAAGCACGUCGUGCGGCAGAAGCAGAUCCUCUCGGACGUCAAAUGCUUCUUCCCGCCACACGCGUCGGAAGUUGUCGUCCGCAAGGCCAACAAGAACAAAUGGCUUUUCGAUGCCGGCGACCAUGCUUUUCUCACAGUGUGCGAGGCCGAGGCCGCACGAGCCGCUCGCCAGGCUGCGCCGCCCGUGGACGAGCGCGAGCGCGCAAACGAGCCUCCUGAGGAUGGGCGCAUGUCGGCCGAGGCGGCAGGGGCAGGAGCGGCGAGCGGCGAGGACGAGCCCGGCGGGCCGAGCAGGGAGCGGGACGGGGACGCGGCGUCGCCUGAGCCGCCGAAGAAGCGCAUCAAGCUCGCCCUCCUCGACCCGACCCUUUCGCGACCUCGCUCGGCUCAGCAAGGCUCGGCGGCUCACGUCUCGCCGGCACAAGCCGCCGACGCCGCCGACGCCGCCGACGUCGCUCCUUACACCAUCUCUGCGACUGGCGACGAGCCCGACAAAGCGCCCUCGCCCUCCCCUUCCGCCGCACAGACCUCCUUCACCGCCUCGGCCGACGACGACGCCGCCGCGCGUUCCACCACCCCGAUCGAGACCGAGUCGCACGACCAACCUCGACACGUCGACAAGGGCAAGGGCCGGGCUGUGUCGGAGGAGGAAAUGCAGGACGAGGACGAGGACGAGGGCGAGGAGGAGGUGCAGGGCUCAUCGCCCGAGCCAGGCCGCAUCGCCCUCUCUUCCACGACCGGGCAAGCCGACAUCAACCUCGCCGCCGGUCCCGUCCUCGCCUCGGCAGCAGCAGAGCGAUCCGCCUCGCGCACGCCCACCCGCUCCCAGGCCGAGCGUUCACGGUCGGUGUCGGUGUCGGCAGGAGCGGAGCGGCGGCAGGAGAGCAGGUCGCUCGUCGCUGAGGUCGACGACCAGCUCGAGGUGAUCGACCUUCUCAACGAGGACGACGAGGACGACGACGUCAAGCCCGCCCUCAACCCGGUCAAGCCGUCGCCCUCGGACCCCUCCUCCCUCGCCCACCUCCUCUUCUCCCUCCCCUCUCCCUUCGCCUUCGUCAAGCACCUCGCCCUCUUCCACCACCCGUCGAUCGACCUCACCCUCGCCGACGAGCUCCUCGACAUCGCCUCGUCGCCUGACGACCUCGACGACCUUCUCGGCGAGCUCGUCAAGGACCAGGUUGGGGAGGACGGCGAGGCGCUCAAGGGCAUGCCGCCGACGUGGGCCAAGGCGUUGAGGAGGGCACUGAGGAAGAAGUUGGAGGAGGGUGGGGCGUUCUAGCUCGAGUGCAACGAGAGAUUCAGUGCCUUGG